AUGAACCAAAAUCAAACAGUUCUCCAUGUCUUUUACAAUGAUUUGGUCUCAACCCGGUACCGCAAAAAUAUGUUCCAAACGUGGAUGAACGUCCUGGCUAUGUUUGGCGGUUUAACAGGCUUGUUUGUGGGCUUCAGUCUGGUCACCGGAUAUGAAAUUAUUUCUGAUUGCACCUCAACCGCAACAAUGAAGAAAGACAUCUACAAUCCGCAAAAACUUUUCAUGCUUUUCUGGAAAUCGACUUUUGUGACGUGGAUCAAAAGUCGUCUCGUCAUUUUUUGUACAAAUACUGCCUCUCACGGUUUUCCAUAUUUCAUCCGGACCGGAUACAGUAAAAUUGAAAAGACUUUUUGGGUCGUCGUGGUUGUCAUUUGUUCCAUGUUUGCUGUUUUACUGGUGUGGUAUUCGUUAUUUUUGAGUUCGGCGACUCCGACAGUGACUUUGGUCGAAAGUACGCAUUAUCCAACGUACAAAAUCCCCUUUCCGGGAGUCACGGUUUGUAAUGUCAACAAAAUCAGUAAAAAGGCAAUUGUUGCAUUUGCUAAAAAAUUGAAGAAUCCGAUUCCGAAUGCGACCGAAGAUGAUACUUUAGAGCUUUUGAAGCAAUUGAACGGUUAUAUUCAGUUAAAAACCGAUUAUGGAGACCGUUUUGACGAUUUAAAUAAAUUAUUGGCUUUUAAUAAAUUAAAAAUUGAAAAUGUCAUGGCCACACUCAUGCCGGAAUGUGACAAAACGAUCGAAAAAUGUUUUUGGUUGGGCACCGAGGUACGUUGUGACGCCUUUUUCGAGUCAACUGUCACUUUUCUCGGCAACUGCUGCUCUUUCAACUACGUUGGACUCAAAAGUUACCGAAACUCCAGUCGCCGCGCUAAAUCCUCGAUAUUGCAAGAAGCGAAACUCGUUACUGCCAGUGGUCCCCUUAACGGACUCACAAUUGUCCUCAAUCCGCUCGUUGACGAUUAUUUUUUCUCCACCUUCAAAAUGAAGGGAUUUCGCGUAAUUGUUCACGAUUCGUAUGAUUUUCCGGAACUCAAUUCGCCGAAUGUCUUUGUGCAGCACGAUUAUGUCGCACGUGUCGGAAUCAAUCCAGAAUCGACCUACAGCAAGGACGAAAUUUAUUCGAAGGACAUCAUGUUGCGGCUUUGUUAUUCGGACUCGGAAAUUCGGUUGAAUGUCAUGCAACGUUACAGCUACAUCAAUUGCAUGGUCGAGUGUCGAAGAUUAAUUGCCUUCAAGUUGUGUGGAUGUGUCCCCUAUAAUUAUCCGAGGAAUGGGAGUCUCCCGAUUUGUGAUGCCGUGCAACAACGAUGCAUCAUUCGGAACUUUGAAACAAUCAACGAUGUGAAUCCUCUAAUCAACGAAUCACUAAAUUUUAUGCCAGAACUACCUUUUUCGUCAUCAAGUUGCCACUGCCUGCCCCCCUGCAAAUAUUAUCAAUACCAAGCUGUGUCUUUUCAUGGCAGAAUUAAAUACAAUCAGUCGGUCAGGACUCAAAAGUAUCUACGAGGAAUUGAGACUCAGAAUAAAUCGAUUGUUCACGUUUAUUACACGGAUAUCGUAACGACUGUCUAUCGCCGAGACAUGUAUUUGAACUGGAUGAGCGUUGUAGCGAUGUUCGGUGGCUUAACUGGUCUUUUUAUGGGACUGAGUCUUCUAAAUGUCUUUGAAUUUAACGUUAAACGCUAA